UAAAAGCAAAGCGCGGCGCUCUGCUGGUUCUCUUUCAAUCGGACCAGAGACAAGAUGUCUCACCGUAAGUUUUCGGCUCCCCGCCACGGCUCUCUGGGCUUCCUGCCCCGCAAGAGGUGUCGCAGACACCGUGGCAAGGUGAAGAGCUUCCCCAAGGACGAUGCCAGCAAACCCGUCCACCUCACCGCCUUCCUGGGCUACAAGGCUGGCAUGACCCACAUCGUCCGUGAGGUCGACAGACCCGGCUCAAAGGUGAAUAAAAAGGAGGUGGUUGAAGCGGUCACCGUUGUGGAGACGCCACCCAUGAUUGUCGUGGGCAUUGUGGGAUACGUCAGGACCCCUCGUGGCCUGCGUUCCUUCAAGACCAUCUUCGCCGAGCACAUCAGUGAUGAGUGCAGACGCCGCUUCUACAAGAACUGGUACAAGUCCAAGAAGAAGGCCUUCACCAAGUACUCCAAGAAGUGGCAGGAUGAGGAGGGUAAGAAGCAGCUGGAGAAGGACUUCGCCUCCAUGAGGAAGUACUGCAAGGUCGUCCGGAUCAUCGCUCACACGCAGAUGCGCCUGCUGCCCCAUAGGCAGAAGAAGUCCCACCUGAUGGAGAUCCAGCUGAACGGUGGCAACAUCUCCGACAAGGUGGACUGGGCCCGUGAGAAGCUGGAGCAGUCCGUCCCCAUCAACAACGUCUUCACCCAGGACGAGAUGAUCGACGUCAUCGGGGUCACCAAGGGUCACGGAUACAAAGGCGUGACGAGCCGCUGGCACACGAAGAAGCUGCCACGCAAGACCCAUCGUGGUCUGCGCAAGGUGGCUUGUAUCGGAGCCUGGCAUCCUGCUCGCGUGGCCUUCAGCGUGGCUCGUGCCGGUCAGAAGGGCUACCAUCACCGCACGGAGAUCAACAAGAAGAUCUACAAAGUCGGUCAGGGUUACCACACCAAGGAUGGCAAAGUGAUCAAGAACAACGCCUCCACUGACUACGAUCUUUCCAACAAGAGCAUCAACCCACUGGGUGGCUUCGUGCACUACGGAGAAGUGAAGAACGACUUCCUGAUGCUGAAGGGCUGCGUGGUCGGAACCAAGAAGAGGGUGCUGACCCUCCGCAAGUCCCUGCUGGUGCAGACGAGCCGCAGAGCCCAGGAGAGGAUCGACCUCAAGUUCAUCGACACCACCUCCAAGUUCGGCCACGGGCGCUUCCAGACCAUCGACGAGAAGAAGGUCUUCAUGGGUCCCCUCAAGAAGGACCGCAUCGCCAAGGAGGAGACGGCCUGAGCGUCCUGCAGCUCUGCUCUGUGUGGAUUCGUCCGUCAUGUGGCUCUGUGGAGAUUUCAUUAAAAAAAAGAGAAAAUACA